GUAACAUGUGGCGAUACGGUGAUGACGACACUCUUAGUGAUAUUUCAUCGGAUUCCCAACCGGAAGAACAACUGAAACACCUUGCAAAGGUCAUGGAACAUGCACCAAGGUUUGAAAAGCCUACACGACCCAAUUUGGGACCAACAGAACAUGACAACAAAGGGUUUGUUUUACCGUAUGUUGCGAAAGGAACAGAGGCACAAGAUUCAGACCGUGCCAAGGCUCUAAGGGAUAGAUCACAAUCCAUGUAUGAUGCCGCAUAUAGUGAUGAUCAUGGUAGACAAUUCUCUUAUCUGACUGGUCACCAAACCAGGCACAUCCAUGAUGACAUUGACUUACAAAUACCUCAGACUCACAAUGCUGACUUCAGAAGACAAUCGAGAUAUGAUUAUUAAAUGGAUAUUCUAUUAGCUGGACCACAGUUGUUAUGGACGUAUAUGAUUUUUUUUUGAAUUUUAUUUGUUUUGUUUUUUGACUGAGAUAUUGAAAAGGAGAAUUG